AAGAUUAAAUGGGUUAUAGAUUUAAAUUGAUGUAAAUACAUUGAUAUCAAUUUACAUGUAUAUAAAUAUAUUUAUGAUUAAGCAUGCUUAUAUGAUUGCUAUUUACCAUUUAUAAAUUCCCCACAUUUAUCCUGCUUGCAAAAAAAUAAGCAGUUAUAAUAGACAGAGAGCAUUAGUUUUAUGGGGAAACCUUCUUUGUUCUUGUUUUCUUCUAGCAGAUAGCCCCUAUGUAGCAGGGUAUACUUUCUUGCUCAAAGGCAUUUUCCAUGUAGUCAUUAAGCCCUCAGGUAAAAUGAACAUGCUGUGUCUAAGCAUGCAUGUAUUCCAGCGUCUUCAUCACAGUGCUCAAGUAGGGUGGACAAAGAGCUGACAGAGAUCUAUUCUCUAGGACUUCUAGUGUCUUCUUUCCCUCCCAACAAAAAGUAUGUGGCUCUCAUGGUUGCUACUUCCCUUCAUUCCUUUGAUUAGUCACAUGGCCCCAAUCUAUCCACAAAGCAUAUAUGGAAAUACAUGGAAGUAUGUGAAUUUAUUUAGAUAGCUAUUGUCUCUUCUACACUGUUUGGGGAUAGUUGAAGGAACUCUAGGCCAGAAGUUCACUGCUAGUUGUACCUGGCCUUGUAAACUUGUUCCUUGGAACUGAGCUCCAUAUUUUGAUUUCAGCUCCUCUGGGUCCAUCUGGCCAUGUCUCUGCCUUGGUUCUGUACCUCAGUUUUUUUGUUUGUUUGUUUGUUUGUUUUGUUUUCUUAGCUCUAAUAAGUUAUUCAUGACAGCAGGAAGCGCUUUGAUUCAUUGUACACAAGUGAAGCACAAUUUUUCACUUCUCUGGUUGUUCAUAGAGUCAUAAUGUUUAUGCAAUCAUACAUGUACCUAGGGUAAUGAUGUCAAUCUCAUUAUAGCAUCUUUCUUAUCCACAUAACCCCUCUCCUCCCCUCCCUCCCUUUUUCCCCUACCAAGAUUCCUCCGCUCAUCCCAUGCUUUCCCCCAUUAUGGAUUAGCAUCCACUUAUCAGAGAAAACAUUUGGCCUCUGGGUUUUGGAGAUUGACUUACUUUGCUUAACUUGAUAUUUUCCAACUCUAUCCAUUUAACUCAAAUGCCAAAAUUUUAUUCUCUUUUAAUGCUGAAUAAUAGUCCAUUGUGUAUAUAUAUACCACAGUUUCUUUAUCCACUCAUUUAUUGAAUGGCAUCUAGUUUUAUUCCACAGUUUAGCUAUUGUGAGUGGUGCUGCUAUAAACAUUGAUAUGGCUGUGUCACUGUAGUAUACUGUUUUUAAGUCCUUUGGGUAUAGACUGAAGAGUGGGAUAGCUAGGUCAAAUGGUAGUUCCAUUCUAAAUUUUCUAAAGAAUCUUCAUAUUGCUUCCUAGAUUGGUUGCACCAAUUUUCAGUCCCACCAGCAAUAUAUGAGUGUGCCUUUGCCCCCACAUCUUCACCAACAUUUAUUAUUGCUUGUAUUCUUGAUAAUUCCAUUCGGACUGGGAUGAGAUGAAAUCUCAGCGUAGUUUUGACUUGCAUUUCUCUAAUUACUAGAGAUGUUGAACAUUUUUUAUAUAUUUGUUGAUCAAUUGUAUAUCUUCUUCUGACAAGUGUCUGUUCAGUUUCUUAGCCCAUUUAUUGACUAGGUUGUUUGAUUGUUUGUUUGGUGUUAAGUUUUUGAUAGAGCACUGGAGAUUAGUGCUCUAUCUGAUGUGCGUGUGGUAAAAAUUUGCUCCCAUUCUAUAGGCUCUCUCUUCACCUCAUUGAUUGUUUCUUUUGCUGAGAGAAGCUUUUUAGUUUAAAUCCAUCCCAUUUAUUGAUUCUUGAUUUUAUUUCUUGCUCUUUAGGAUUCUUGUUAAGAAAGUCAGGGCCUAAUCCAACAUGAUGAAGAUUUGGGCCUACUUUUUCUUCUAUUAGGUGUAGGGUCCCUGGUCUAAUUCCUAAGUACUUAAUCCACUUUGAGUUGAGUUUUGUGCAUAUGUACUUCAGUUCUUAUGAUGAAGAGUCCUACACUGAAAUGCAAUUUCAGUUGUUUCUCUUACCCUUUGCUUACUUGAUCUGUUGGCAGCACUUCUAUGAUCUGAUGUCAAAUUCUCUGAUCUAAAUAUAGUAUACAGACUCUGUGAAAAGACCUUUUCUGGCUCUCAGUUACCAGACCUUCCCUCUAUUGCCUGUAACUUUGCUGUUCACAAUCUGGCCUGCUCUGGUUUGGCCUGUCCCAUCACCACACAAGACCUGGUCUAUCAAAGGAAGUGGAAAAAGUAAGAAAAAGACAGGAAAGCAGAGCAGAAAAGAGGCAAAGUUAUAUAAUCAGUGGACAUUACACAGAAUGGGGAUCAAGGCUAAACUCUGUCAUUUCUUACUUACAUGACCUUUGCCAAAUCUGAAAUUCUUUGUUUCUUCAUCUAGAACAUGAAAAAUGUAGACCAUAUUAUCUUUAAGGUCCCUUCUGGUCCUGGCAACUUAUGACUUUACAUGAAGAAGAAAUUGUCUUGAAGGCUCUUGGACUCUUUGAGGGUAAUGGAGAAAGACACCAGCAUGAGCACUGAAUGGAGGGGAUGGCCUUUACACUUGAAGAAAGGCUGCAGCUAGGAAUCCAUGGCCUGAUUCCCCCCUGCUUCCUGAGCCAGGACGUCCAGCUCCUCCGGAUCAUGAGAUACUACGAGAAGCAGCAGAGUGACCUGGACAAGUACAUCAUUCUCAUGACGCUCCAAGACCGGAAUGAGAAGUUGUUCUACCGAGUGCUGACGUCUGACGUGGAGAAGUUCAUGCCAAUCGUGUACACACCUACCGUGGGGCUGGCCUGUCAGCACUAUGGCCUGACCUUCCGCCGGCCACGUGGGCUGUUUAUCACCAUUCAUGACAAAGGCCAUCUUGCAACAAUGUUGAACUCUUGGCCAGAAGACAAUAUCAAGGCUGUGGUAGUGACUGAUGGAGAACGCAUACUGGGUUUGGGAGACCUGGGCUGCUACGGCAUGGGCAUCCCUGUGGGCAAGCUGGCCCUGUACACCGCGUGUGGAGGGGUGAACCCACAGCAGUGUCUCCCAGUCCUGCUGGACGUCGGCACCAACAACGAGGAGCUGCUCAGAGACCCUCUUUACAUCGGCCUGAAACACCAACGUGUGCGUGGGAAGGAGUACGAUGACUUGCUGGAUGAGUUCAUGCAGGCUGUGACAGAUAAGUUUGGAAUAAAUUGCCUCAUUCAAUUUGAAGACUUUGCCAAUGCCAAUGCCUUCCGCCUGCUCAACAAAUACCGCAACAAGUAUUGCAUGUUCAAUGAUGACAUCCAAGGCACAGCCUCUGUGGCUGUGGCAGGGAUCCUGGCUGCUCUGAGAAUCACCAAGAACAAGCUCUCCAAUCAUGUGUUUGUUUUCCAAGGUGCAGGUGAGGCAGCUAUGGGCAUCGCCCACCUUCUUGUCAUGGCCUUGGAGAAAGAAGGUGUACCCAAGGCAGAGGCCACAAGGAAGAUCUGGAUGGUGGACUCCAAGGGACUGAUUGUCAAGGGGAGAAGCCACCUGAACCAUGAGAAAGAAAUGUUUGCCCAAGACCAUCCUGAAGUGAACUCCCUGGAGGAGGUGGUGAGGCUGGUGAAGCCCACAGCCAUCAUAGGUGUUGCUGCCAUCGCAGGAGCCUUCACGGAGCAGAUUCUGAGGGACAUGGCCUCCUUCCACGAGCGCCCUAUCAUCUUUGCCCUGAGCAAUCCCACCAGCAAGGCCGAGUGCACAGCUGAGAAGUGCUACCGGGUCACCGAGGGCCGAGGGAUCUUUGCCAGUGGAAGUCCUUUUAAGAGUGUGACUCUGGAAGAUGGAAAAACAUUCAUUCCUGGGCAGGGAAAUAAUGCCUAUGUGUUCCCUGGAGUGGCACUGGGAGUCAUUGCCGGCGGGAUCCGGCACAUCCCUGAUGAGGUCUUCCUCCUAACAGCAGAGCAAAUUGCCCAGGAGGUCUCUGAGCAGCACCUAUCCCAAGGGAGACUGUACCCACCACUCAGCACCAUCAGAGAUGUAUCUCUGAGAAUCGCCAUCAAAGUCCUGGACUAUGCCUACAAACACAACCUGGCUUCCUGCUACCCGGAGCCUGAGAACAAGGAGGCUUUCAUAAGAUCCCUCAUCUACACUCCAGACUAUGACUCAUUUACACUGGACAGCUACAGUUGGCCCAAGGAAGCCAUGAAUUUUCAGACAGUCUGAUGAGUCUCAGGGGCUGGUAUGGGGCUGGAUGAAGCCCAAAGUAACACCCACAAUAUAAAUGGGUUCCAAAAUGGU